AAACAAAACUGGAUUUCUCUAAACCAUACCCACAUGACAGAAAUGCAGAAAAGAAAAUAGAAAUGUAAAUAAGCAAAAAUUAAAUACUAUUUAAAAGAAAAUAAUUUUACAUCCACAGUGAGGAAAACCUGCCAAUCAAAACUGGAUAUGUUGACAUACUUCUUUACGUGCUUUACGUGUGGUUACAUUCUUGCAUGACUGCUUCCUUGAGCUGAUCUGCUAACUGCCGUCUUGGAUAACUAUAUAUAUAUACGAAUGGAGACUAUGAUACCAUUAAAGGUGUUUGUGUAUGUGUGUGUGUGCUCGCCAGCACGCACGCUGUACAGCACAGACCCACCUAUCAAGUGAUAGAUGUGAAUAUAAUCCUUUAUUAAUUAUAUCUAUUGUACGACCUCAAAACGCUGGCGUGUAUACAUGAAGUGUGAUUGUAAAAAGAGUCCGAACAUUGAUUGUCUGGACAUCUUACUGGUGUGACAGGUAUGAGUGUCUGAUGUUGAUUGUUGAUGUUGUGCUGUGACGGUUCUCACUGUAGAGAUUCCUAGAUCUAAUUUAUUGCUCUCUGGAAUAAACUAAGUUAAUGAAGCUAAAACACCGUCUCUCUCUCCCCCUCCACACACACGAUGAAAGGUUCACAUGCGCGAGUUAAAAACAGAUAAAAGAGACUACAAAAAUUCAUCAAACCAUCGCAUGAUGACAAUUAGAUGAAAUCAACUGCCGUGAUCGUCCAAUCAACCGACUGAUUAAUCUCCCUUAUCUUAUAUACAAAUGGCGACGUAAAGUAGUUGUUUUUAUCGGUUUUAUCCUAUUGAAUUACUUUUCCUCGUUUACUUGUUACUAGCUACAUGUGCAAAGUCAAAAGCACAGUUUUAUUACAGAUUGGCGCAUUUUGUUAGUAACUUUGCUUGAGGAAAAAGAAGCUAUUUUGUCAAACCAGCCUAAUCUAUGUGCGCAUUUGCAGUGGACCUCUCUAUUCAUUGAGCAGGAGUGCAGAAAACGUUUGAUUACUCACCUUGGGUAAAAAUAUUAUGUAAAAAAAAAUAGACGUAGCCUUAACUAACUUUCCCAAAACACUUUUCAAACUUAAAUUUAUAGCACAUUGUCACAAAGAUAUAUAUACAUCAGAAGAUGCCGAACAAAACGAGGAGAGGAGACUUCUUCAAAACUAAUCACUCAGACAUUGUCAACUCAGACAUUGUCAUUAGCAGUAGAAAUGACAGCAGGAAUGAACAUCAGUCUUUGCUGAAAAUGUCUUCUUUAUGCAUCUGCAAUGAACAAAAUCAAGAACUAUCAGAGAGACCAGACCAAGACUUCAGCAACAAUGAAAAGGAUGAUGAUGUUAUAACCCUGGACAAGUUAUUAACAGUGCUGUCUAAGAUGGAAAACAAGAAACAUAUGAAGACUCCUGAUUCCAGCCAGGCUCUUUCCACACUAAGGUUGGGAAGUUUCCUGAAACUUCAAGACACAAUUACAAGCCAUCAAAUGCAAAAGCUUUCCAAGUUAUUGGCAUCAGAAAAUGCUAUGUUAAAAGAAGAAUGCUUGAAAAUACUAAACCAGCUACUCAGUCAUCCUAAACUUGCAGAAAUAUUGGUUAAAGACUCAGGAAUACAGGACCCAAUUAUGGUUCUUGCUCGUGAUGAAGAUACAUGUGUAAGAUUAAAUCUUCCUGCUAAUGAAAGCUUCUGCAGAAUACAGACACUUGUACUUCAUGUUUUGGACAAGAUUCUAAGGACUCCCAGCUUCGACUUUAUGGCCAUCCAUCGUAGACUACACACCCAAAUAUAUCCAAAGCUGAUAAGCUGCCUGCACAUUGACAGUACACCUUGGGAAGUAAAGUAUGCUGCAUGCCGUAUUUUACAAAGGCUGGCUCAACAGAAAGAUUUUGCUGUUGAAAUUAUGUCUGAGUGCCAAUUUUUUCUGCAGCAGCUGAAGUUUGCAAGUUCUCAACUGAAGGGGGCUUAUGCAGAUGUUCUCAAGGUGCUGUUUUCACAUCCGAGGCUGAUAGAGGUAGAAUGUUUUGGCACAGAAAUCCUGUUAGCCAUCAAGGGACUUCUGAAGGACAGAAAUUGUGACUCACAGAGGAAGGCGCUGUCUUUGGUGGCCUCUGCCAUGUCAGACUGUCAAGGUAUUGAGAUUGUUGCAAAGGAUGCUCACCUUGUGGCCUAUAUUUUUGCCUGUCUUCUGAUGUCUAGGUGCAGGAAAGUGAGAGCCAUUGCUUGCCAAGCAGCAUCCAUCAUGACCUCCCUGCAUCAGCCAAAUGUGGUGUGCAACGUGAUGGAGGGCAUACGCUUCUGUGUGGACCCUGACAGAAAAAUGGAGGAGAGUUUCAGAAGAGUUACCAGUUCUGGAGUGGCCGAACUAAGAGCACACUUGCACUUAUGGAGGUGUUUUGAUGUAGUUUUGGAUUUCUUGUUGAAUGUGAUAUGCAGAGAAGGUGAACUGGACAUGCCCAAUGGCCAGAUGAUUUGUAGCCUGCCUUUGAAUGAAGUGAUUGAUGAAAGUCAGCUUUUAUGUCUGGCUCAUGGAAUACAGCUAGUGGUCAACAUCUGCGUCUGGCCAGUCCAGCGUAGAGGUAGAAGGUCUAAUGGAAUAAAGACAACAAGAGCAGAUAUCUUCCACCUGUGCCAUGAUCGCAGCAUUAGGAAGAGGUAUAGCAUGCUGAACCGUCAGUUGUCUUUGGAGCAGUGGGAUAGGUUUGGUUCCACCAUUAUGACACUGUUGGGAUUCUUUUGCCAGCGUGAUUUGUCCAGAGUGUAUGAAAUUUCUGAUACUCACUUACCUGACAGUCACUCUGCCAGCAAUCAUGUUUGCUUUUCAGAAGAACUGCCAUGCAGACAUGAUAGCAUGUCCUUCUGCUUUGACCCUGAUGUUCUUGUCAUGUCUGACAACAAUAUUUGUAAUACUGCUGACUGGUCUGUGAGGAGCUCCCCAAGAACCCCUUGUGGUAGUGCAGUCACUGCCAAGGAUUCAUAUUCCUUUAUAUUCAAUUCUUCCACCCUCCUGAACAUUACCCCAUCCAGUAUCCCUAAAGAGAAUGCUGUGUACUGUGAGAAAAGCUCAGAUAUAGAGAGGUGUCAUCGCAUCUCUGACACCCUUGCAAGUGCUGCUGCAACAGGAGUUACAAUCUUGAAAUCACCUGUGCCCUUAUCAUCAGAAGUAAAAUUCACUUGGCCAGAACUGGAGUUACUGAAGUCCAUCCUUCACUUUAUCUUCUGCAUCAGCCUCACAUCAUGCAAAGAAAUAGCCAGUCCCUUUGCCAAGGAAAUCACACAGUCCCCACUGGAUUAUGCAAAGUCUCAGAAACAAAAGUUGGAUCAGAGCAAGAGAUGGGCUUCUCAAAAACCAGGUCUUGUGGGAAGUCAUCAGCAUAUUGCCACUCACAGUAGUAGUGGUGAUAUUGAUCAAAUGCUUCCCAGAGACACUGAGAGCAAAGAGUCACUUGCAGAAAGAUGGAGAGUCCAGAAAGUUCUUUUCAAUAAAGAGCUUUUUGCCAGUUUAGGACAACUUAUGCAGACUGCAGAUAUGCAGAUAAAGAUUUUGUGCAGCCUGGUACUACGAGCAGCUGUGCAGCCUCUUGUAGAGCAUGAGGAGACAGAUUCUGAAGAUGUUGCUCCUACUUUGCCCCCAGUGGUGCCCAAGGUAAAUACCACCUCACGGCAAGAUUCAAAACCAAGUAAAUCAGCCAAGGCUAUAUCCAAAAGGGUGUCUUCUGCCUGCAAGCCUGAUUUACAGAAGCUGCUUCAUACCAGUAGCAGACAAUCUGCAACAAUGUUGCAAGAGUGCCUGGUCACCUCUUACCAAGCACGAAACACAGAAUGUCUGAAGCUAACGGUCAGAUGUUGUGGGGUUCACAUACUAGACCAUCUGUUCAGCCCAUCCAGCAAUGUCAGAUUCUGCUCUUUGGUUCUUUUGCAUGACAUUGUAAAAUUCAGCACAGUUGAAUUGCACAUGGAACUGUCACGACUUGGCUGUGUUCCCAAACUACUUGAUGUCAUUCGCAUUAAUGACAACAGCAGUGACCUGCAAGUUAUAGCUUUAACAGUGGUUCAGCUGUUGCUCAAGAACAAUGAACAACUUCAACAGCUAUUUUCUUACUUCGGAGGUCAUGCACUAAUGGCUGUCCUUUCUCGUAGCUCCUUUUCUACAGUACGUGAGCAAGCUCGAGAUGUUCAGGCCAUGUUUAAAAAAGUUAAAGAUAAAAGCUGCACAGAAAACAGAACGGGUUUGAUACCGUUGUUCACACCACCUUUGAAAGUCAAAACCAAGCCCCAGGAUGUAUGGGAGCAUAUCACAGAGAGGUGGAAUCAAGAAGACAAAGUUGUAAAAGUAUUACAGCAGUUUUAUUAGAACAGCUGUUACAGGCAUAUCUGAGUGGCAGGUGGAGGGUCACCAAAAUCGCCGUGAAGCCUUUUAAAGGCUACCAUGAAUGGACUGUUCAAAGAUCUACAUCCAGUGUGUGGUUAUAAAACCUUAUAUAAAUGUCAAAUAUGCAAUCUUUUGUCAUAUUCUCCUGCAAAUGUUGAAUAAACUGUUCUGCCAGAA